UGCAAUAUGCAGCGGAAAUCUCCGAUUACGUAGACCUGAAAGGUGUAAAAUUAGUGUUAUUGUUUGUUUGUUUGUGUCUAUACGUGAAAGUUUGGCAGGACUCUCCCUCAGGUAAAACCAUUACGUGGCGUGUUCCUUUAUUUAGAUCUAGAUCUAUGUCUACGUCUUAUCACGAGCUUAUCACGAGCUCAUAAUUGUUACCGUUAGCUGAAUGAAUAAGACGUGCUUUGAUAAUAAAUUUUAAUUUUUAAAAAAUGGCAGCUUUGAAUUUUUUUACUUCGCUUGUUUUUACAGUCAUUGUAGCUGGACUCGCCAUGCCAAUGACGCUGGACGAUUUACAAAGCACGCACUGCCCAGUAGGGACCACCCUCUGCGUGUUUGACGGAAGCUGCUGCCGUUCCGAUAGCCAGUUCUGCGACCAGCAGAUCCGAACCUGUAAUAACGUGUUUCCGGCGGGCGCAGACCCGCUCCGGCUCUGCUGCGACGCAGCUCUGGGCCAAAAUAUCACCAGUCAAGAAAGACUGAAUUCCUGCUAUUUUAGAUAUGGAAUGACGUCACUUCUCGACAGAUGCUCGGACCCGAGAGAAGCGGCUUAUGACGUGUAUGACAUCCUGAUGAUAGUCUUGAUAGUACUAUCGGUUGGCUUGAAUAUUAUUUUUCUGAUCUGCUGUCUAAAGAUAAGGAAAUGCCCACGUCCGAGAUCUGAAGAAAAAUACAAAAACGGUAUCAAGCCAAAAGAGUAUAUAACUUUUGUCCCGAUUGAAGAAGGUGCUUACGGCAAACAGACUGAGACUGCCGACCUCAUGGGGUCAAGUUCUGGAACUCUCGACCAGAGUGGGGAAGAGGCCAGGACAGCCGCUGCCGGAGGUGUCUUCCCAACCACCAACGACAAUGAUGACGUCUACGAAAUCGUACCCACUGGUGCAUCCUACAAGCACCAAAGUGUAGCACAGACGCAAGAAAUCGCUUGACAUAAUGAAGGGCUUUAGAUCAUUUUUGGGGCUUGGUGAAUAGAGUACUUUGGCUACAAAAGAUAGAUAAAACUCAUUUGAACAGGGCCGUCCAUAAGUGAUAUCGCAAUAGGGCUGGUAAGUAGGUCACCAACCAGUUAUAUGGCUCAUGCAGGUUUUAUUGAGCCGUAGAACUUGUUGGUGACCUACUUACCAGCCCUAUUACAACCGAUUUAUUCUCCCCAUUCCACAUAGGUACACGUUACCACAAAGAUAAUACUACUCCCCCUCCUCACCCUCUCUCAACACGAAAUGACGUUACCAAAUUUUGCCCAAGAUUCAAAUACCCAAAACCAACAAAAAGUCAAGUUAUUUUAUUAUAGUGAUUAAAAUUUUCGCAGGCUGCCCGCUGGGUUUUAAAUCAAUAUUUUUUAAGCGAGAGACGAUCGGCUUUAAAAUAAUAAGAUGUAGGUUUGAUAGUCCCAAAUAUCCGCCCCCCCCCCCCCCAUAGGAGUGUGAUGCCAUUUAUGGACGACCCCUUCACUGAAAAUUGUAACUUUACCACUCAUUUGUAUCAUUAUAAAAAAUGAACACCAGAGAAUUUUAUAAAAACCUGACAAAUGAAUUUCGACCUUUCGCACUCGUCUCAUUGAACAUAGAAACAAGUUUUUAAAACCCCAACCUCAUUCGAAUUUUAGCUGAGAUAAGAUCAGUAGAUUCGCCUGCUACUUCUUAUUUCAAGCUAAUUCGAGUUUUGUUGGGUUUUUUAAAAAAAAUGUUUCCAUUGUUCCUUCUGACGAAAACGAAAGGUCGAAUCGUCAUUUUUUUCAAUUUGUUUCUUUUUGGGGUUUUAUGAGAUAGUGUGAUGCCAUUUAUGGACGACCCCCUCACUGAAAAUUGCAACUUUACCACUCAUUUGGAUCAUUAUUAAAAAAAUGAACAGCAGAGAAUUUUAUAAAAACCUGACAAAUGAAUUUCGACCUUUCGCACUCGUCUCAUUGAACAUAGAAACAAGUUUUUUUAAAACCUCAACCUCAUUCGAAUUUUAGCUUAGAUAAGAUCAGUAGAUUCUCUUGCUACUUCUUCUCAUUUCAAGCUAAUUCGAGUUGUGUUUUUUUUUUAAAAAAAAUGUUUCUAUAGUUCCUUCUGACGAAAACGAAAGGUCGAAUCGUCAUUUUUUUCAAUUUAUUUCUUUUUGGGGUUUUAUGAGAUACUUUGUUCAUAAAUUUCGACAUUGCCUAAAACUCAAUGCAUAAAAUCGGUCUACGUAACAAUGACAACUUUCAAAUUUUUCAAUUUUGACAUUGAUCAAUAGGCUAACGUAGUAAAAGACGUAUUCGAGAGUUAAGGGGGUAGGCUCCGGUAAAAGAACAAAACACUUUUUAAAUACUAGAGAACAAUUUUUUCUCUACGGUUUUUUUUUAAAGGUACAUCCGCAUAUAUUUCCAUUAAAAAACUGGUGGGAAAAUUUGGUAACCAGGACAAAUGCGGCCAUCUUGACAAAUUGACUUAUUCGUAGGAUUUCCACCAUUCAUAAAGUAUUAUUUUUUGAACCCAAUAAAGAAUGAAUUCAUAAUCUUCUACCAUAUUUUGGAGUACUCAGCUAAAAAUUGUAGGUGUAGUUCUUCAAACUAAUUUUAAGGGAAUUUUGGGGUCUUAAAUUUAAUGUUGUUUGUUGGGCCCAUUCUUUGUUGGUCUCAAAAUAUAAUACUUUAUGAAUGGUGGAAAUCAUACGAAUACGUUAAUUUUUCAAGAUGGCCGCCGUUGUCAUGGUUACCAAAAUUUUCCCGCCAAUUUUUAAAAAUAGAAACACAUGCGGAUGUAUCUUUAAAAAGCUGUAAAGAAAAAAUAGUUUGUUCGCUAGUAUUUUUUUUUUUAAUUUUUUUUUUUUUGGAGCCUAACCCCUUAAAGUAGAAAGAUAAAACCCUCGAUACGUCAGGCAAUGUAUUAUCAAUGACAUAUCUACGUUUUCACCAUCAGUACCGCAAUAUUUGAAAAAAAAAUCCUUUUUGUUCAACUUCUACAUUCUUCUUCUCAUGCCAUUUUAUAUCAUCUUCCUGUAAUUAGACUUCCCAACUGAUCAGUACUGAUCUCAAGCUAAGCCAAUGAAGAUAUCUCCCCCCCCCCCCCCCUUUUUUUUUUCCAUUACAUUAAUAUUGCAUGAAGUUUUUUUUUUUUUAAAGAAUGUGUUUAUGAAGUCUGGUUUUAGUGCACUUUAAUAAUGUUUUUUCUUUUAUUUUUAUUGCUUUAGCCCUUAACUUAGUUAACAAAAUGCCUUUAAAAUGUCUACGUAUAAUUCAAGUUUACGGAUAGGAAAAAGAAUUAGAACAUUCUUGUAUUCUGGUACAAAAUUACAGUAAAAUUAGUUAAAUGAAUAAAACAAAAAGUUGUAAAGCUUCA